CACCAGCCAGCAAUGAUCAUCGUGAUUCGAUAGCAAAAAUUUGUUAUUCUAUUGUGACUUCUGUUGGUGUGUUAUGAUGUAGAGUUCUGUUAUUCAUCGAACCAUAAUUGUGAUAUAUGAGGUAUGGGAUCAAGCUGGACUUCCUACAUGCUGCUACAUUAGACAAGGACUGUGACUGCUUUAUAGAAGAAAACAAGAGGAAUGAGAGGAGGAUGUCUUCUAGUAAUCUGCCCUACUGGUGCCUUAAUGACCUUAAUGGCACGAUACACAAGCUACCCGAGUCCAUGGUAUUCCUCGGCCGUGAAGAUUGUGACAUCAUACUGCAGUCAAGGAGCGUGGACAAGCGACAUGCUGUGAUCACGUUCGACCAUUACGACAACAAGUUACGAGUGAAGGAUCUCAGCAGUACAAAUGGGACGUUUGUGAAUGAGACAAGAAUCCCACUACAGACGUACGUGAAGAUGGACCACAAUGACCUUGUUCGAUUUGGAUAUGAUUCGACAACCUUUCGCGUCCAGUUUGUUGAUUCUUCGGCAUCGGCGUGCCAGCACAGUGCGCCACUCUCGCCCGGAACGACAAUGCCAGCAACGAGUCCGACGUCAACUCUCGGCAUGGACAACAGGCGCCCGGUGACGAUGUCACGUGGUGAGCAGUUCCCUUCCCCUGUCAAGGACUACAAAACACAAGCCAACGGCUUGCCAAGUCCGAGAGAGGAGAGGGUAGAGGAACUGGGGCCUACAGAUAACCCAUCAUGCUGGAGCUACCCCGAAUACCAGGGGUACGCCCACGAUCCAGCCAUCCAUCCCUACGGUAUAGAGGAAGAGUACCAUCACCACUAUCAUCGGCAUGUGCGUCCGUCCCCACCACGCGUACUGAAGCAGCCACACUCUUACUAUGCACCGCCACCAACGUAUGGACCUCCCUGCUCUUGUCACCACCCUCAUGGUUACUAUUACGGAGGCGGGCCGGCAGUGCACAAGGACAGCCCACCACCGUCACAGCCGCCCACCGCCAUGGACGGCUCCGAACCGCCCAAGGAUGAUGUGAAGUCGGUGGCGCCCCCUGGGCCACCGCCGCCGUACAGCAGGUACCACGCGCCGCCUGCGCACCUGCUGCACGGCUGGGACGCGUGCCGCCACCACCACGACUCGUCGCACGGCUGCUGCGGGGGCCACCGCCCGCUGUACGAGCGCGGCGACCCACGGGGCGACCCACGGGGCGACCCACGGGGCGACCCACGCGGCGAUCCACGGGGCGACCCACGCGGCGACCCCCGCGCCGCUGACUGGUCUGAGCACGCCGCGUACCAGAGCGGCGACGCCGCCAGCCGCCAUGACAGUGGCUACGCCCCGAGUCCGGAGCCGAGCUCGCGGCCCAGCUCGGCCGGACGCUCGCGCUCGAUAGAGUGCGCCGGUGCAGCAUCGGAGGCGUUCCUCUCGUUGCCUGCGGAGGUCAGGAACGUCGAGAGGAAGGAGGAGGUCGAACGUAGCGACACGGUGCCGACGAAGGAGGUCAGCGCGGACUUUAGUUCCAUGGUUCGAUCGUCCUCGUCUCCGCUGCAGGAUGCGACGACGCAGGGAUCGCUGACACCCGUGCUGUCCCCUGGCGGGAAAAGCGAUAGCGAGGGCAGCAGCAUGCCACGCCGCCCACCGGAGACCAGCUCUAAACCUCGGGGGACGCCCUUGUAUGGUCAGCCUGCAUGGUGGGGAGAAGGGGAUGAGAAGGGUGCUCAGACCUCGCCCCUAGGAUCCCCACAUAGUGGGCCGGGCAGCCCCAGAGUAACGGUUUCACCUACCAAGGUCACUGACGUCGUUUGCGUUCGGACAUCUUCACCUAUUGUGAAUCCCGUCAGCUUUUCAGGUUCUCCAGAGAAACCAGAAAGGCCUACCAGUCUACCCCUAGACCAGUCUGAUGGUCAUAGUCUGACAUCCCCACCUUUCUCCCAAGAGCUGCUGCAAGGGUCAAUGCUACACAAGCAAAAUGGUCAUCAGAAUUCACCACAUGACUCACCUUCUCAAAAAGUCGGAGUCACUGGCAGCACGCCUCCGCAGAAGGACACCGGCCCGGGGCCGGGCACCGCACGCGCGCUAUCGCCCGCCGCUGCCGUCGAGGCGCUGCCGUGCGAGGUGAAUCUGACGAACGAGGGUGGCAUCACCGUGCUGCAGCGCGGCGGACAGCGCCGCAGCGCCGCCUUCACGAUCGAGUUCGACAACUCCGACGCGAAGAAGAGCGCCGUCUCGGAGAGCAUGCACCGCUUCGAGAAGAUCCUCGAGAAGCGGGGCAGCAGCGGCGGUGGCGCGGGUCCGCCGUCGUCGAAGAGCGUCGACUCGCUGAAGAAUCUGGCGUGCGCGACGAGCUCCGAGCAGAAGCCGGCGUUCGUGAGAGGUCAGAAGUCGCGUAUGUCGAUGGGGCCGAGGGGAAGCCCCAAGCACACGCCGCAGGAGACCGGCUACCUGUCCGACAAUCAGCUAUCGGCCAGCGACCAGGAGGAGGACUACAGCACGAAGAGCGACGCACCGCAGACGAGGAAGCUGAAACUAAGCAGAGCACUGCAAAAGCACAAGACGCUGGAGCAGCAGCUGGCCAACUACAAGAGCAGAAAAGCAGCGGUGACCACCGCGCCGGCAAAACCCGAGCCGCCCGCGAAAAAGGCACCGCCGGCAGGGGGCGCCACCACCACCGCGCCCGAACUGAAGUCGACCAAGUCCUACCUGCUGAACAAGAUGUUUGCGGGCGAGAGGAGGUUGGGAAGCGCCCCGGCAGGUGGCGCCACUCGCCACGCCGGCUCGAAGCACGAAUUUCAACUGCAGCCCGAGUCGCGCGCGACGGCCCAGUGCUCGAUGCUCUCCCCCCAGAGGGCGCUGCCGCAGGACUCGCCCGACGGCCUCGAGGACCUGCACAGUGAGGCCGGCACCUACGUGAUAGAGCCGAGCGCUGAGGAGGAGUCGGCGCGUAAGUGCAUCGAGGCCGUCUUUGGGCUGAAGAUGUCGCCGCCGGGCGGCGGCGCGGGGGCGCCACCGUCACCCGAGCGCACGCCGACGUCGCCGCCGCCGCGCGAUGCCGACACGGAGUCGAUCCACACGUACGUGAUCGACGCGAGCAACGGCCACGCGAACGCGCUCGACGCCGCCCGCAAGAACAUCGACGACGUGUUCGGCGUGAUGGCGCCACCGGAGGGGCUCGAGCGACCUGUGAUAAGCAGCGACGACGAGGCGGACUCGCUCGAUGGCAACGCCGGCAAUCCCGCGGGCAUCGAGAAGGCCGACAACGAGAAGAGGGAGAAGUCGAUGGAGAGAGACACGAAGAAACCCGCCGACUCAGGAAGUGAAUCGUUAAAGGAAAAGACGUUUGUGAUUCCCCCGAGAGACGAACCCGACAGCGCUCCCAAGUGGGUGAAUCAGUGGGCGUCUCGGCGAGGUCUCGACGGCUCGAGCGGCGAGCUCGCCACGCCGACGGAGGAGCGAGACGGCAGCGAGACGCCCGAGGCCGGAGACGACGAGGCGGAGGCCGGCCGGCGGACGCCGACGAACACCGAGGCAGCGUCCGCCUCGCUCGCGCGCACGGACAGCCUCGAGACGAAGACCUUCCUCAAGGACACCGAGGACGUGAUGGCGGCCAUGAUGCAGCGGCUCGGCGAGCGCGAGACCGAGGAGAUCCUCGCACGGCUGUCGUCGUCGUCGGACGACGCGGUGGGGAAGCGGCGCAAGCGGCGCAGCAACGAGGACGCCGACGCGGACAGCCUGAGCGCGCCGCUCGCGAAGGGCACGACGCGGCGCGGCGCGCCCAACGUGACGCCGGCGCCCUCUGCGCGCCCUGCCGGCGCCGCGUACAACACGAGCAUCGAGAAGGCGUUCGAGCACCUGCGGGAGCGCGACGCGGCGAGCGACGGCGGUGCGUCCGACCGCUCGUCGACGACGGGCGGACACGCCGAGGCGAGGGCGAAACCGGCGAAGACGGGCAUGAAGACGAAUCGCGCGUUCGCGCUGCGCCGAGCGCGCCUCGACAGCGCCGACGCGGCGGAUCUCGUCGUCGCGGCGACGGCGCGGCCGACGUCGGCAGGAAGCGCGCGAUCCUCGUCCGGCCGGACGGGCGGGAAGACGACGGCGACUCCUGCUCCCUCCGCGGCGCCGGCGGCUGCCAGGGGAGCGUUCCAGAGGAAUGACGGCGGGAGGUUCAGCCUGAGGGCGUCUCACCUCAGCCGGCCCACGGCCUCCAGUGAUAGCCGACACAAGGCCGCCUCGCAAACGAAGCAGGUGAAAAAGCCAGUGAGCCAGGGUGCCUCCAAGGAGAAAGAGUUAAAGGCAUGGAAUAGAAGGAAAAGUUACGAUCCGAUGAGGGCAGCCGCUGAGGGCAGAGAGAAAAAGAAGCAGAUGUCUAGUGAUCUCAGCCGUCAGUCAUCAUCGAACGAGCAGAGUGACGUCGAGGUGAGCAUCGUCGGUCUCAGCACUGAGGACGAUGAGGACAGCCUGAGCAUCGCCAGCAGUGGCGCCUCCUCGCGAGCAUCGUCGCGGCGACGACUCGAGCGCGCCGACGACAGCAGCUCCAUGUCGAGCGGGAUGCAGCAGCGGCUCGGCUCCGACCCCCUGUGUACGCAGCACAAGACGGCUUAUUCCCGGCUCUCGGGCCACACGAUGAGUAGCUCGCUUCCGGCCGGCGCCACCGCCUCACACAACAUAGUCACGGCCCAGCCAGUCGGUUUCAGAUCACCGUUUGCGCAAUCAUGUGUUCUUGGGCGGAUCACGGAGCACGCGCAGGACGUGUGGAGCCCGUCCCGCGCAAGCAAGGAGACAUUCGACAGUUUGAUCUUAUCCACCAUCCUUCAGCUGGCCUUUAAACUUGGCAACAGCUCUGAUCGCACUCUCUAUCGCGUUCGGGAACAUAUGGGGAUGGCAACAGGUAGUGAUGAUGCGCAACACACAGAUGAGCUGCCAGAACUGGCCACUUUAAAUCCACAGAAAAACAUGGCUGCCAUUCUUCGCAGCCUGAAGCGUGUUGAGCGAAACCUUGAAGAAAUUGACAAAGAUGUUGAGUCUGAUGCGCUACAUCUUCCUACAGAGAUGUCUAGGUCUGUACCCCAGCGAUCAAAGCACCGCAGUGGAGACAUGGUGGAUGACCUUCAAAAGUCUGUGACGAGCCUCAACUUUGAUGACCCUGUCCAAGCUGGUGAUUCACAACCAGACCUAUUUGCUGACGAGGAAUUCUUCUAAACUGUUUAAAAAAAAUUUAAGGUGGAAAAGGGGAAAUUAUUUCACACUAUUGCUGAACUAUAUAACACCAGUGCCAUCUGCUGGUGUGUAGAUAUAUAUACAAAUAAAACAAGUGCAGUUAGCAUUUUCCUGCUUAUAGCCAUCUCGUUAUCUUAUACGUCAGCCUGCCAAGUGUUUACUGCAGCUGCAAGUUCUAUGAACAAUUAUAAUCUAAUUUAUGUGGCAAAGUACAGGUCGGGCAGAUACAGUAUGACAGGUUGUGAACAUUAACUGAAUGAGAGCUUCUAAGA